AUGCCCCGCACCAAGAAGGGCAGGGCCCUGGAUAAGAAACGAAACAGGACAACGCCCGUCGAUGUUGUCCUGCGCAAUGGACGACACCAGGCUCACCUCACCAGCCAUUCUACUGCAGCCCACCUUACCAUGCACGAAGAAGCACGGAACACAGGAGGGCGCAACCUAUGGCGCCCUGGCUCUCUUCUCCGCCACCAAGCAGUGCAGUUUGUCAGCGCAGGGGCAUUACAACCGACGGACCCCGAGUUGCCACACCAGACCCCAAGCGUCAACAGGACAAUCGACGAACCGCAGCCUGUGAUAGAAAGCGCGACUACUACGCCUGCACAAACGAUAGACUCGAAUAUAACGGACGAUGGCACACCGUUUCUCAUCGACCUAAUCGGCGAAGCUGCUCCGGAGACGGGAAUGGCAGAUCCAAUCACUAAUAUCGUAUCGGAUGAGUCCAGCGAAGAUGAAAUAGUGUUCCACGGCCGAAAAAAGUGGAGUGCACCUAGCACGCGUCUUUUAGAUGACCAUACGGAAAUACGUAUCAACUCUCAGGAUUCGACAAGGAGAAAAAGUCAAAAUGCCAGCAAGCCGCCUGCAACAGCAUCUGCUGAAAUGUCCGCCAAUGAUACACCACCGGCUCUGGAUAACUGUCAGGAAACGUCAGUUGCAGAGGCAAAUUCAACCAAGGAUAGCAGCGAAUGCACGGACACGGAAAAACAGCAGCCCGAGAAACAAUAUGCAGACAAUAUCUUUGAUGGUGAAUUUGACAUCUUCACCGACUACAUAUCAAACAUGGAUGACGUGUAUCGCCCUGAGGACGAAGAGGACAUGGAAAGAUCGCAGACCUCUACAACCCCCAAGCGCCAAAGCACAGACGCUCUAGAUGAUAUGGAAAGCCAGUCAAGCAACUCCUACGACAGUGAGUUUGAUGUGGAUCUCGAUGAAUUAGAUAUUCUGGAGGAGUUGUCCUUACAGGAUCGAGGCCAGAGGAACCUGACCCAGCAGAGGCUUGCCAAAAAAUUGGGAAAUAAAUUCGCCUCAGCAACUGCAUUCGCCGAUGCCUUAGAAUCGGACCCUUAUUAUGGAUUUGAUAUCAUGGAUUUCGACAGACCCAGUCUUCGAAAAAAAUCGAAAGCCAAGCGCCAUGUUCCCGAUUUUGAGCUCUCCGAUCCCGAGCUUGAGAUGGAAUUGGUUAGAGCAUGGCAAAAUGAUCGGGAAAAGAAGAAAACGAGAAAGCAAAAGCGAGAAGAACUUCGCUCUAGGGGUCUGCUAGGCCGGAAAAUAGACAACGCAGAUCUGACCAUCAAGUACGCAAAUGGCAUUGGACCUGAAGAGUUGAGAACAGAAAUACACACAUUCCUUCUCACACCACGAAAUAGCCUGCCUCUCCCUCCCAUGCCGAAGCAGCGUAGGAAGGUAAUACACGAUCUGGCGAAUGUUCUAUCCCUGAUCUCAAAGUCACGGGGGAAAGGGGCCUCGCGAUUUCCGAUUCUGCACAAAACUUCACGCACCCCAGAAUACAGCGAGAAGACCGUUUUACAAAUAAACAGAAUACUAUCAGCGGGGAGUUUCAAGUCCAGGCCCACGAAACAAAACGUCGCCAAAAUCUCUAAAUCUCGGCGUGGCCAGCCUGGAGGCUCCGUUUCUUACAUGGAUGGCGACAUUGUUGGCGCAUCCGCGCCUGAAAUAGGUGUUGAGAAUAAAGGGAGAGCCAUGCUAGAAAAAAUGGGAUGGAGCACAGGCACUGCUCUUGGGGCUUCUAACAACAAAGGAAUCCUUUUGCCAGUUGCACACGUGGUCAAGAACUCCAAGGCUGGUUUGGGGUAA